AAAUCAGUGAGGCAGCCUUACUUUGCCUCUAAAGAUCAUCAAAACCUCAAAAAACCCUAAUCAGGCUCCUCAAAUUUACUGAGAUUUUAUACAUUAGUUUAAUCUGCAAUACUAAAAACACACGGACUACUAUGUUUGAUACCGACAUGCAUACAUAAGCACCUGUGUUACAGACAUGGGUUCCGUGGAAGAGUAGAAAUCAAAAUGUCCAAUUCUGGAGGCUUUGCCAUUUCUCGGAGUCACGGCUCAGACAGAUUCUACAGCCCGCCGGCGGUACGCCGUCAGCACCAGCAGAUUCUGUUGCAGCAGCAAGAGCAGCUCAUGAAACUCCAGCAGCAGCAGCAGCUGUUGCAGAGACCCGUGAAAGCCGAGGCAGCUGCUUCUGCGCCGGCUGAGGAUGGGAAUCCGGCUGAAUUUGGCGAUUCGGUGACGGCAUUGGCUAAAAAGUUAUCAGCUUGCUCUUCAUCUCUGCCAGAGCGGUCAACUAAAGUCACCAACUUGGAUCGCUUGCUGGAGUCGGUUACUCCCUUGUUGUCAGCUCGACACUUAUCUGAGGUUAAUGUGAGAGGAGGAAUAACUGGUGAAGCAGAUUCAAGUGCAUAUUUUUGCCUUGAGGAUCUUUGGGAAUCCUUCAGUGAGUGGAGUGCAUAUGGAGUGGGCGUGCCCCUAUUAUUGAAUGGAAAAGACCAAGUUGUACAGUAUUAUGUUCCCUUUUUGUCUGGGAUACAGUUGUAUGUAGAUGAUCCGAUGACGUCUUCUUGCAUUAGGAGGGAUAGUGAAGAAAAGGAUUUUGAAACUAGAGAGAUGAGCAAUGGUGUCAGCAGUAACUGUGAAGUAGAUAAGAAAGAUGCUGCUGAUGAGUUACCAAACGGAAACAUCUCUAAAAAAGAAACAAGUAUGAGCUUUUCUGGUGUAGAAGCUGGAAAUGGCAAGUCUAAUGGUCAACUCUUGUUUGAGUAUAUGGAACGUGAACAACCACACCACCGUAGACCAUUGGCUGACAAGGUUGCAAUUCUGGCAUCUCAAUUUCCAGAGUUGAAGAAAUGCCGGAGUUGUGAUUUGAUGCCAUCGAGUUGGAUUUCUGUUGCUUGGUAUCCAAUAUAUAGAAUACCCAUAGGCCAAACGCUCCGGGAUUUGGAUGCAUCGUUUUUAACUUUUCAUGCCCUGUCCACACGAUCUCAAGAGUUCCAUCAUACUCUAAGGGAAUGUUUGGAUCCUGGGAAAUGCUUGAGAAAGGGGAAUGAAAUUUGAUUUGUACUUGCAUAUUAUUUCAUUUUAUUAGUCUGCAAAAUAAACACAUUAUGUAAUAAAAUUAUUAUCAACAGGAUCUGAACUAAAUUCAUUGGGCCUUAGCCUAAAUUUUAUUUUCUUUCCUCCACAUUUUCUUAUAUUUCUAGUUUUCGUCUAUGAUUUCUUUCAUAUUUAUUUACCUAGCGUUAUCUGAGUUUCAAAGCGACCCUGAACACUGCCUUUUUUCUCUUCAUAAUGGCACUUGGCCCUAGGUCGUGUUACACCUCAACUUCAUAGCUCAAGAGAUAGGAAAACUAAUGGAAGGAAAGCUGCUUCAUCAAAAUUUUCUCUACCAGCUUUUGGCCUUGCCUCAUACAAACUGAGUGGAUCUCUUCUUAGUCCAAGUGGACCCCAUGAAUCCGAGCAAGGAAACAAUCUCUUGCAGGCUGCUGUGAGUUGGCUUCGGGAUUUGCAGGUGUAUCUUCCUGAUUACCAAUUUUUCAUCUCACAUAAUUCUCAAUGGAGAUGACAACAUCACUGGAAACUUGAGAGUAAAUGUUUAGACACAGUUUUUAUGUGUCACUGUGUCCUUUUAAUAGUUGCGUUUAAAAAGUAGGAGAAUGUGUCCCCAAAUGCGGCCAUUAGUUCUUGGGAAAUCACCCUGAUAGUGUCGAAAAUUUUGGAACAUUUUGUACCUUACAUACUGCACAUAAAAAUUUAUACUUGUAUCAAGUGCGUCUCAGUAUAAGAUUAUUUAAAACCUUGAACAGACCCCAUGUUGUAAACUUUCCUUCUUUAAUUUAGUAUUGUUAUAGUUCCAAAAAGAUUAGUGCAAGUAUGAGUUGUGAUACUUGUGAA